GAUGAAAUAUCAUUAGUAGAUGAUCAGGAUAAUGAAAAUAUUGCGAAUGUUGAAGACUAUUAUAAUUAUUGGCAGACAUAUUUAAAAGUAUUAAUAGACUCAGUUCCAAAGAAAUCAAUUCAAGAAUGGUUUCAAGACAGUAUUUGGAAUAAAGUUGAAUUGGCUUCUAAUAAGUCUUUUAUUAAAGCAUCAUCUAAAAGUUUAAAAAGUUCAUAUAGUGAUGUUUUGCAGAAAACUUAUCCUAUUUCUAAAUAUUUUGAUAAUAUUCAAGAAGAUCGGGUUCACUAA